CCACCACUUCUACUUUCACUCUCCACCACUUUUCAAACUGUCUCUUGUUUAAUAUUGCUAAAACCAUUACUUUAGAAAUAAUGUUGCUCUAGCUUUUAAGUUUUACUGAAAUUUUCCUAAUUAAUAUUUAAUUGUUUGUGUUAUAUAUGAUCCUUGCGGAGUUUGAUAUUCUUAACUCUGCUUUCUAAAGUAUUGAUACUGACCAAGAUGGGAAGACAAAGCCCUGGAAAAUGGAUCAGAAGCUUACUUCCGGGGAAGAAAUCAUCAUCAAAGUCUAAGUCCUCUAGAGAGAAAUAUAUUUAUGCAUCCAUGUCUACACCAACAUCUGAAGCUAAUGCAACUAAAGAAGUGCUAUUGGAAAAGGAAGUAGCUAGUAUAUCAUCCAAUGAUGGGGUAAGUUUUUCAACUGAAGACCAACAAGUCAAUACACAAUCUCUCACUAGUUAUGGUUCUGGGGACCAUCAUGAGAAAAUCAUGCUUAAUGAAGCAGCUAUAAUAGUUCAGGCUGCUAUUAGAGGCUAUCAGGCACGUGGGACUUUCAAAACUCUCAAAGGUAUCACGACACUGCAAGCUUACAUUCGAGGCCAGUUGGUUCGACGACAAGCUGUUUCUGCUUUAUAUUGUGUGAAAUCAAUAGUUAAAUUUCAAGCAUUGGCUCGUGCUUACAAGGUUAGGCACUCUAGUAUUGGCCUUGCAGUCCAGAAAAUUUUCAAGGAUACCAAAUUUCCAAAUUCUGUUGUAGUUACAUCCACACAGGCAUCAAAGCUCUCAGAUAAUAUCUUCGUUCACAAGCUUCUGGCUUCAACACCCUCUGUGGAUUCUCCAUAUCUCAACUAUAAUGCUGGUGAACCUAACUUGGCUUAUGAGUGGCUUAACCGUUGGACGAUAUCACAGUUUUGGAUACCUCUUCCAGAAGCAAAGAAACCUGAUUCAAUGUCUAACAAGAUAAAUAGCAGUUAUCUAAUAAUUGAAACUAAUAAGGGCCGAAUCAAAAGAAAUGCCAGGAAAGCACCUUCUCUGAGGAUUGGUGAUGAUAUAGUUUCAGAUUCUAACAAACAUGAAGGGUAUCCAAAAAAGGACUCAAACCUCCCAUUGCAUUCAGCUAAGAGACAUCCACAAAAGGAACUUGAGAAAACAGGUUCUAAAAAAAGCCAAAUUCAGCAUGUUCCUGAUAAAUCCGAGGUUGCUAUUGAGAAAAAAACACACAUUACCAAAAAAGUUUCCUAUCAUAUAGUGAAUGAUGUUCCAAGGGAAGAUGCAUAUGCUAGUGCUUCUUCAAAGAAGAUAGUAGAUUUGGCAGUGUUGAAGUCUAAACAGUCUGAUAUUGAGAAGAGUCUUGAACAGCAAGCAAAAGAGCAUGAUAAUGAGACAUGUAAUGAUACUAAUGCUUACUUGAAGAGAAGAGCUUCCCUACCUGCUAAUUUUAUGGAUCAUGAAAAUGUGUUGCAUAACAUUCCAAGAGCUCUUCCCAGUUAUAUGGCUCCAACUGAAUCUACAAAAGCUAAGCUAAGAGGACAAGGCUCUCCACAGCCUGCUAGUGAUUUGGUGGACAUAGAUGGUGUAAUUCGGCGGCUUUCGUCUUCGUCUACUCUAAAUGAGAAGUUAGGUCCUUUCUCUCCACCAGCAGAUAGAUUGGCUGCCUUGAGCAGCAAAGGAAUCAUAAAGACUGACAGAUCUCUAUCAUCUUCAAGGAAUGGGACUGAUAAGUGGAACCAACCUCAGUGGAGAAGGUGACGCUACGUAAUCUUUCAGAUCAAAGAUGUUGCAAACGAUGUAAAACCAAAUAGAGUGAAAUAUAUGCUGAGUUACAUUCCUUUCCCUUUCUUUUUUACUCAUCAUUCCUAUUUAAUAUUUAUGAUUGUAAGUAAUGAUGGAUAUAUCCUGUAACCUGAGUCUGUGUAUCAAAUUUCAUUUACUUAUGGUAGUACGACUAUUUUGAUGGA